AUGGGAGAUAAUUCAAAAUUCGAAACACAGAUUGAAAUCAAGCAACCAAUAGCGGGGAGAGAACUAAGUGCGGAUGAGUUAGUUAAAGAAGAACAAGUUCCAUUCCCACUUUUUAGGCGUUUAUCUGAGAAGAGAGCUAACACAUGGAUCAUUCUUGUGAUCCUUCAUUUAGGCGCUUUUAUAGCUACAAUGCUUGUUAAUGAUUGUUGGGAGAAUUCUCAUGGCGAUUGUGCCCUUAAACCUCUUCGUAGGUUCUCUUUUCAGCCUCUUUCCGAGAAUCCAUUGCUCGGUCCCUCUGCUUCUGCGUUGGAUGAAAUUGGAGCGCUUCGGAAGACUUUGUUGAUUGAUAAUCAUCAAUUGUGGCGUAUCUUCACAAGCCCAUGGUUUCAUGCGGGGCUUUUCCAUCUGAUCAUCAACUUGUCCUCAGUUAUCUUUGUGGGAAUUCACUUGGAGCAAGAAUUUGGACCAUUAAGGAUUGGAGUUAUCUACAUACUCUCAGCAAUCACUGGUAGUCUAGUUGCUUCACUUUUCGUUCAAGAUCGGCCAUCAGUUUGUUCCUCUGGUGCAUUAUUUGGAUUGCUUGGUACACUUCUCUCUGGCCUCAUUAGGAAUUGGAAAUCUUAUACCAAAAAGUUUGCAGGGCUAGUGGCUACCAUGACAGUCCUGAUGACUAAUCUUGUCCUUGGACUGAUACCUUACAUCAAUAAUUUUGCUAAUAUUGGAGGAUUUAUGUCAGGAUUCCUUCUGGGGUUUGUGCUCUUGUUCAAACCUCAACAAGAGAAACUAGUUCAAAAUAAGGGAGGCUUGUUUGACUUUGAUGCCAAGCACUUUGUCAAACGUAGGAACACUUUGGACAAGCCUGUUCAGAGGGGUGCUGCUCUUGUUAUCUUUGCUUUUUUGCUUGCAGGAAUUAUACCAGCAGUUCUGCAUAGCAUUAACAUACACGAGUACUGUAGCUGGUGUCACUACAUUGACUGCAUACCAUCCAAAUUGUGGAGCUGCACUGACAAGGCAUUUCACUGUGAGAAGAUGGUCAACUCGGAACAUCUGACUUUGAGUUGUCCAAAUACUGGUAGAUUCAGAGUUUUUCCUUUCACCAACAUUUCCGAGGCAAGGUUUCAGGACAUAUGCAAUCUGAUAUGCUCCUAGGAGGACAUGGUUGAGUUCUGGUGACUAACUCUUCACUGGAUAUACUUGUAUUCGGUGUAAAAUACUGUGCUUCAGAGUUCUUAAUCCAAUUCUUGUGCAUAACAUUGGCAUCAAUCAUGUCGCUAUGAAGGAUUUAGCUGUUGAUAUGUGGAUAACCCGGUUUCUCUUCCUUUUAAAGCUUCUUUUUCUUAGUGCUUGUGUGUCUUUCCUUUUAUGAUUUGCAUGGAUCCGAAGGAACUGCUUGUAUAGCUCACAGUUUCAACAAGAUGAAACUUUUCUGUUAUUUUGACAGAUUUAUGUCUAAAUACAUGUGGAGCAAAUCAUGUUGCUCAAAGGAAUAUGGAUUCAGUUCUUUCUUUUUUAUUUUAAAGUUCAAUAGUUGCUAUGUGUAUUAUGUAUAUUUUCUCCCUUUGACAUGUGUACUAGGAAA